AUCCCGUUUAUAGGCUACUCGAGCGCAGCCGACCAAAGAAUGAGUAGAGCAACGGGAAAAGCGUAAUCAUGUGGAUUAAUUACCGCUAACUUGAGUAAAAACUGCUUUUUGAAAUUGAAAAUGGACACAGAUCGGCGGAUUCUGUUUCUCAUAGUUGUGUGCGUGUGUCAGGGGGUGCAGGUCACCGUCCGCGAGGACAAGCGCUACGCCAUGCUCUUCCAGUCGGUGGUCCUGCAGUGCCAGUUCCAGACCCCCUCCACCCAGACCCCCGUGGUCCAGUGGUGGUACAAGUCCUACUGCCGUGACCGCACCAAGGACGCCUUCAGCUUCCCAGAGAGCCUGGGGGUCCAGGGCUCUGACCUGGGCCUCGCGUCCCACCUGGAGUGCUCCGACAGCAGCCGCACCGUCAGGAUCGUGGCCUCCGGCCAGGGAGCCUCCAUGACUCUGGCCGAGUACUACAAGGGCAGAGACAUCGCCAUCAUCAACAAGGCCGACCUGCGUAUCGGGGAGCUCCAGUGGGGUGACAGCGGCGUGUACUCCUGUCACGUGGUCAUCGCUGACGACCUGGAGGGGAAGAACGAGGCACAUGUUGAGUUACUGGUGUUAGGUAGCCCAGGUAAAGGUGGGCUGGACGAUCUCCUGCCUGGCUUUGAUGUGGAGAUCAUGCCAGAGUGGGUGUUUGUGGGAUCUGUAGUCCUGGGCAGCAUCCUGUUCCUGUUGUUGGCGGGCAUCUGUUGGUGCCAGUGCUGCCCUCACUCCUGCUGCUGCUACGUUAGCUGCUGCUGCUGCCCUGACACAUGCUGCUGCCCACGCCACCUCUAUGAAGCCGGGAAGAUGGCCAAGAGUAUGCAGCCCCCCCAGAUCACUGUGUACCCCCCCUACUACAUCCCUGGGGUACCCAGCAUCGUACCCCUCGCCCCCCCGUCCCUGGUCGACCCCAACAUGGUGUCAGUCCCCUCAUUGGACAACAACCUAGCCGGGGUGCGCAGUGGCUAUCGUCUGCAGCCUGGUCAGGGCAGAGACUCUACGAAGGUUCUGUACUACAUAGAGAAGGACCUGGGGCAGGUCCCCUCUGACAAGAUGGCCGCUCUCCAAUCAAGCAGCCUAUCAGAGCUGAGCUCUCUGCAUGAGACCGGAGAGACGGACUUCAGGCAGACCUAUCGGACGGUCCAGAUGAACGCCCUCCCGCCCAUCGCCGACCUCGAUGACCAGUCGUUGCUCAUGGUAGCUCCACCCCUACAGAGUCGCAGGCCUGGCAGGCACCAUGGCAACCACCAUGGCAACCACACCAGUGAGGAGCGGGACAGCAGGUGGAACCCUCGCUCCGAGCACCUGCAGAGGAAGACCCUGAGCAGCAGGGGGCGCACCGGCUCCCUGGACGAGCUAGAGGAGUUCGCCCAAUCCUACGUGCCCCACGGGCGCCGCGGCGAAACGCACGACCGUGGCUACAACCCCGAGGUCAGAGGGCGUGACCGCUUCCCCCCCUCCUACCCGGACUGCAGCCCCCCGCGGCGUUACCACGACGACCAGGACGACGACUGGCACCGCCGUAGCCCCUCCCCCUUGAUGCAGAAGAGGCGGGGCACCUGGGACAGCGACCGGCCCUCCAGACCGUCCCACCGCCAAGGUGGCCGUGGCGACGGCUACGAUGACGGCUUCCUCAACAGCCUAUUAGAACGCAAGGCGAGAGGCCGGGGCGGGGGGAGGGAGGGGGGGGAGGGAGGGGGGAGGGCAGAGGAGGACAGCGACACGCCUUCCAAGGGAAGUUCCAAAGGCAAGGGCAGCGACUGUUACUAUAGCCGGUCGCCUAGCAACAGACCCGAAGAGGAGGACUCCUUGCCUCCGUACUCAGAGCGGGAGUUUGAGAACGGGAGGUACCGCAAGGGCGAUCCCAGCGCAGAACGCUACCGCACCAUAGAACCGCCUCCCACGGAACGCUACAAGACAAUGGAACCGCCUCCUACGGAACGCUACAAGACAGUGGAACCGCCUCCUACAGAAAGCUACAAGACAGUGGAACCGAAUCCUCCAGAACGUUACCGCACCACCGAUCCGGCUGCCAGACCGUUCUCCUACACGCGCCCCGCCCAAGGGAGCGCCCACACCCUGCAGGGGGGGGGAGAGGAGCGAGACAGGACCAGGAAACUGAGCCCUGCACUCAGCAGAGAUUCUCUCAUAGUGUGACUCAGAGAGGGGGGGUCCUGAGCCCCAGGACUGCCUGUUCUCAACAUUACACACCACUCGUUUACAGCAGCAUGCAGCCACCUCGGAAAGACUAACCAGCCUUAACGCAGCAGCCAGGGAAACAGGGCUUUAACAUGACACACCGCGAGGUCUUGACUGGAGGAAGGAAGAUGACUGGAUCGAAUAACUGUAAGGAUGCUGAAAAUCUAAAGGCCUUGUUGGAAUUGAAAAUGUGUUUUGGGUGAGCGUGUGUAUGUGUGAUAGUGUGAAAAUACAGCAUAUCCAUGAUCCGUGUAUAUCCAUCUGUCCUUCCUUGUUUUUUACAAAAACUAUGAAGAUGGAUGAAGGGGUACCCUGAUAAACUCUUACACGGGCUCAUCGUUCUCUGAUUUGUAACGACACAUUUUAUCUGUUCGUCAAUACAAAAAGCACAAAAAUGUUGAUCCUGCCGUAUGAGGUUUCUCAGGUUCACUUGAUGUGUGAGUGAGUGUAUGUUAAUACUGUACCUUUACAUUGCCUACUGAGCUUGAAUUUGUAUUGCAGAUUGGAAUUGCACUGUGUGUAGCUAUAGCCACUAGUAUUACAAUGUCAGGCUCUCUAGGUGACAUGAUGAGACUAGGGUUGAUAUUAUGGCAUUCAGCCAUAGCCAGCAUUUGUACUUCACUCAUUUGAUACGGAUGAUUUUGAUAUAAAACACUUACUGCUUGUUUAACACUGUGUGGGUGUGUUUACUCUGAC